GCAAUAAAAUGGUCCAUCUAUUACAGAGAGUCAAACCACAAGACUUGACCUGAGCCACCGCCUCUCAAGACUUAGCUGUUAAUAUAUAUCUUUGAUUUUUUUUUCUUUCAGAAAUCAAGAUGUACUGCUCCUUUCUGAUUAUCUGCUUAUCUCACGAGAUCAGUAGGCUAUAGUUACCCAGAAAUCCAAGAUGAAUGUUAAUAAGAAAAGCUGCAGUGGCUCUAUGGAUUAUCAUGAUGAUGAAGUUGCACUUCCAGGGUUCCGAUUCCAUCCAACAGAUGAAGAACUUAUAGGGUUUUAUCUUCGAAGAAAGGUUGAUAAGAAACCACUUAGGAUUGAGCUCAUCAAACAAGUUGAUAUCUACAAAUAUGAUCCUUGGGAUCUUCCAAAGCCUAGCAGUGUUGGAGACAAAGAAGGGUACUUUUUUUGCAAAAGGGGGAGAAAGUAUAGGAAUAGCAUACGACCAAAUAGGGUGACAGGAUCUGGAUUCUGGAAAGCAACUGGAAUUGACAAGCCUGUUUAUUCAAAUGGAGGUGAAGGCCGAGAUUGCAUUGGACUCAAGAAAACCUUAGUGUACUAUCGCGGAAGUGCAGGAAAAGGGACAAAAACCGAUUGGAUGAUGCACGAGUUUCGCCUUCCCACCAACGAUUCUAACACCAACAGCCCUGCAAAUGCUAAAACUUCUGCUCCAGAAGCGGAAGUAUGGACACUUUGUCGAAUUUUCAAGCGAAAUGUGUCACACAGGAAGUACACAGCAGAUUGGAGAGAAUUAUCCACCAAACAUCAGCCAGCAAUUGAUACAAGCUCUAAGACAUGCAGCGUGGAUUCAAAUAGCAGAGAAAAUUAUCUCAGUUUUGGUGAUCCUGCCAUUCAAUAUAGCGAGAAGAAGCCUGUUUUUAAUCAUGUCAAUGAGAGGAAACAGUUUUAUCAUGCAGACCAAUUGAGCUCCAUAGUUCAGCCUCAAUCUAUGGUGUCCUCAUCGAUCAUUUCGUCCAACAUUUCAAGUCCUUAUGGAAAUGAGUUCUUCAGUGGUGAUUGGGAUGAGCUUAGAUCAAUCGUGGAGUUCACGUUUGAUCCUACUCCAUUGUAAAUACUCGUAUAACGUUAGUAUUAGCUUCACAAUCUCUUAUAGGACUAUAUAUAUGCUGCAGCUUGAUUCUGUUCUUUAUAUAUAGUCCUGUAAAAGACACUUACCAUGCAUGAACUUCGACUCUGAAGUGAAAGCUAAUGUAAUCUAUAUAUGAUGGCUUGCGUUUCUUUGCACUUCCAUGGAAAUUGUAUUAGGUGAUUUUGAUUAUAUAUAUAUAUGCCAGACACUUCCAUGAA